GUUACAAACUGUACCACAACUCUCUGUGUACCAUCAGGGAAAGUGUGAUCCAAGGGUGUUUAUUGUGCCCCCUACAACAAAGCCUGAGGUGGGCUUCCCACCACAAUGGGCAAGAAACCACGAACCAUUGCUCUAAGGACUGCAGCCCAUCCCCACCCUGCCUUAAGCUAUUGUAGCCUGUUGCAUAAGGCCCUGGGCAUCUCCCUCAGCAGUAGCCAAUGUGAUGUUCUCUAGAUGUUGCUAGUCUCCAACAUCACUGACCGCUGGCUACUCUGGCUGGGGCUGAGGAGAGUCCAACAACAUCUAGAAGACACACAGUUGGCUACUCUUGCCCUACCCUGGGUAAGAUGGAGGGAGGUUAGUGGGCAGUGGGAAAGCAGAAUCACCCGGCAAACUCCUUUCUCCCUGUGGCAGGAGGAUGUUCCCCACCUUCCAGGUGAAGAUAUCCGGCAUGGAUCCCUUGGCUGAUUAUGUGCUGCUCAUGGACUUCGUGCCUUUGGACGACAAGAGAUACCGAUACGCUUUCCACAGCUCCGCUUGGCUGGUAGCUGGCAAGGCAGAUCCUGCGACACCUGGCCGGGUUCACUUCCACCCUGACUCACCUGCCAAGGGAGGCCAGUGGAUGAGGCAGAUUGUCUCCUUUGACAAGCUCAAGCUCACCAACAACUUGAUGGAUGACAAUGGCCAUAUCAUCCUGAACUCCAUGCACAGGUACCAGCCACGCUUCCAUGUGGUGGUGGUAGAUCCACGUCCAGAUAGCGAGCGCUACGCCCAGGAGAAUUUCAAGUCCUUCAUCUUCACGGAGACUCAGUUCAUGGCAGUGACAGCCUAUCAGAACCACCGGAUCACACAGCUGAAAAUUGCUAGCAACCCCUUCGCAAAAGGGUUCCGGGAGUGUGAGCCAGAUGACUGGCCCGGCUCACCAGGACAACUAUUAGGCUGCUUAUCUCGAAAUGGGGGUGCGGCUCCCUUAGCCCAGCUUCAAGAAACCACAGAAAAGGGGUUUGCCAGCAAUCAUCACCUCCCUCCUUCCCUCUUCAGAGAAGCCUCCCAGCUGCAGCACCCACCCCUGGUCACACCCGCCACCCUCCCAGAUAUGUGCCUUGCUCGACGACCCUUGAGUGAAGCAUCAGGGGCCCUGCCCUACAAGCACCUCUCCUAUCACAGCAUCUACGUGGGAGCCCGUUCCCGGGCAACACCCUACGCCCUCCCCAGCAGCCGGGCCACCAGCUUCCACGCUCUCAACAUCUACACUGCCGGGGACUAUGAACAGUGAAGGAAGAGAGACCCGGUGGACAGAUCAGGCAGUUCCCUCCUCUCUCCUCCCACACCUACCCCAAGGCUGAACCAGGGACUCGCCUCAGGUCCACCUUCUCCUCAUGCAGCAUCCAUUGCUGGGCGGCCUGCUAAGGAGGUCUAGUCCAUUCCUCUGUUUACCUUCCAGGGCACUUUGUGGAUGGUACCUUCAAGCCCUGGUACCCUUCCCUCUUCCCCACCCGAGGCAAACGUAAUUUCUAACUUGUUGUCCCCUAGUAUAUGGACAAUUAAACAGUUAACAGAAGUUAGGUACAGUAUCCGUCUCCUUUGAGAGGGGUGCAGAGUCCAAGCUGAAGCUUGGUGAGGUGUAAGAAACAUACUUGGCUGAGAUACCGGCCAUUUCCUAACUGCUUCUGCUCCUCAGCUCGUUGUAAAGCAAUUCAUCCCCCAAUUCCAAAACCCCCCAAAAAUGGCUGAAAACCCAAUUCUACAAAUCAGAAAUCCUAAACCAGCUUUGCAUCAAAAAUAAACACAGAGGAAAAUAUAA